GCUGUUGAAUUUGGGGAUGAGGGAAACCAGGCCAAGGAAAUUCCACCCUGGGUCGGCUUGGGACGAGCCGGCGAGGUCGUGAAGAGUCCGGGGGGCGCAUGGGUCAAUGAGGCCCUGAGUGUUUCCGGCUGGGGUGGCGGGAGAUGGAUAGGAGGCGCCUUGAAGAGGGGCGAAGAACAGGGCCAAGGUAGGGGCAGUAUUCCCACCUGUGUCUGUCCACUUCUUCUGGGUUAAGGAAAGGGGGCACGGUGUGAUGUGGGAAAACCAAGCCACUUGGCCUGGAGGUCAGGAGCUGUCACUGAACUCGCUGCCCGAUGGGCUUCUGUCUGUCAUGCACACAGCGACAGGCAGGCGCUGGGGCCAGGUGUCCGAUAAGGGCGCCUCCAGCUCUGACAGGAACUUGUUUUCUGCCUUCUCUUUCCUCCCUGUCACCCAGCUCUCUUACGUCGCUGAGGAUGAGAAUGGGAAGAUUGUGGGGUAUGUCCUGGCCAAAAUGGAAGAGGGCCCGCACAAUGUGCGCCAUGGACACAUCACCUCGCUGGCUGUGAAGCGUUCCCACCGGCGCCUUGGCCUGGCUCAGAAGCUGGUGGACCAGGCCUGCGGAGCCAUGAUCGAGAACUUCAAUGCCAAAUACGUCUCCCUGCAUGUCAGGAAGAGGUGGAAGCCAGGGCCGAGGGAAGGGGGUAACCGGGCCGCUCUGCGCCUCUAUUCCAACACCCUCAACUUUCAGAUCAGCAAAGUGGAGCCCAAAUACUAUACAGAUGGAGAAGACGCAUACACGAUGAAGCGGGACCUCACCCAGAUGGCCGAUGAGCUGGCAGGCGGGGAGCCAGACCUUGGCAGGACCUUAACGAAGGCCAUCGGCCCAAGAUUCCAUUCUCCGAGGAAGAAGCCCGUCCUGCCCAGAGGCUGCUGUGAGAGGAGAGGGAGGAGGUCCCUAGACGUGGCUGGCCUCCAAGGCUCGGGGUCAGACAGAACCGGGCUGAAGAGAAGUCAGGGUUCUGCCCAAGGCUCCUCGGGGGCUAGGGCCGUUCAGAGGGCUCCACGGCAGCCUCGUGAGGGAGCCAUGAUCACCUCCACUUUACAGGAGAGGAAACAGGCCCAGAGGCCUGUUUAGGUCUUCUGUCCAUUUUUGGAUUGGGUUGUUUGUUUUUUUGUUGUUGAGCUGCAUG